CUUUAAAGAAAUAAUUACUAAUGGGAUUUUUUUCUGACUUGAUUCGAAAAAUAAUCGUAAUCGUCAAUUUGACUUUGACGUUUGUUUGUAAACAUUUAUCGCGUCGUCACGAAUCACGAUUAUUGUCAUAGCUGUUCCACUUUUCGUGUCAGAGUAAUUAGAUUCAAUCAAAGUGUUCAGUUGAGUUCUAAACCGUUUAAGUUCAAAAUCAUAAUGAGUAUGCAUUUAAAUAUUUUUAUUUUAUUUUGUAUGUUGAGUAUUUCCUACUCCAUGAUGACAGGAGGAUGGACGCCAGUUUCUGAUGAUAAUCCGGAUGCACAUGAACACGCCAAGUUCGCAGCUCGAAAAAUCUCAGCUUCGACAAAUAACCUUUAUCAUAUGAAAGUUACUAACGUUUCUAAUAUUCGACGACAGGUUGUAUCAGGAUUAAACUACAAAAUGACUAUUACCUUGGCACCUACAGAAUGCAAAAAGAACCAAAAUGUUUCUAGGGAUGAAAUUGAAAACUGCCCACUUCUUCUCUGCAAGGCACCAUUGUCAUGCAAUGUGAAUCUAUGGGUUCAAGCUUGGUUGAAAGAAGAUGGCACUAAGUUAACCAAGUCAACAUGUACACCAUUGCCAGUUGAUAGCAACUGCUGAACAUGUUGAAGGCUCAGAUAGCUUAUGUUAAUGCGCAUUAUUUCUAUUGCUUAUUCAUGUUGUUCUUAAAUUCAUUUUUAUAUUUUGCAUGCUUUUCAGAUUUUAAAAUAUAUGUAUAUUAGCUUUUAUUUGUCUUUAUAUUAAUUAAUAAGUAACAAUUCUUCUUUUUGAAAGCUACACUCUUAAACUAUUUUAAUUGUCUUGAAACAACUUUACAAAUAUUUUUUUUUAAAUUUGUGCCCAACUUUGUUUAUUUUGUUUAAUGUACAGUUUUUUUAAAAAAUAUUUGAUGGUGAUGAUAAAAAUAAUGAAUAUGACAUUGUUGUUAUGAAGUAUAAAAAACUAAAAUUUUAUUUUUUGGAAAAAGUUAUCUUCUGAAAAGACCUAUUUUUCAGUAUUUUUAAUAAGUAUUUUUUAUUUAAUAAAAUUUAAAAAUGUCUCUUAACUCUGAAUCAUCGUGUUAAUUAAUAGCAAUCUUAUUUAUUAAUGUUGAUAUAAUUUUAGAUUUAUAGAUAAUGUAUUUUGUUUUAACCUUGAUAGAUCUGUUUUAUUUUUUUCUUUGCUGUGAUAAUGGAAGCUCUGUUACCAUUUACUUAUUUUUAUUCUAUCUAAUAAAACUCUUCUCCUAAA